AUGUGUCGUCUGCUGAAUGUCCUGCUGGCUUUGCUCAGCCGCUUCCUAUUUGCAGUCCAUGGUGUGGUGACGGUGUGGCGCGUGGUGGCCGUUAAAGGGGAGCCACUCUACUGGCUGCUGCUGAUGGGCGUGGCUCUACUGGGCGUGGAAAUGGCCAUCACUCUCAAGUGCACCCGCAACGCAGAGUGGAAAUGGUUCUCCCCCAUGGUUUUCCUCUACCUCAGUACCGUCAUCCCUUCCAUUUGGUUUUUGGAGCUGAGCCUGCUGCAGUCCAAGCUGCCCGUCAACAUUUCCUCAGGCCCCGAGCUUCAUUUGCUGGCUCACAUCCCAAUCGCAGCGGGCAUCGUGGAGCUGCACCCAGAGAACUGGGUGGCUGGACUGGAGCAGACCAUGCUGAUUGUGCUGGUCCUGGGUCGUUGGUUGAUGCCCAAGGGGGACAUGUCCCGUGACCAGCUGUCCCAGCUCCUCAUGGUCUAUGUGGGACUGGGUGCCGACAUCCUUGACAUCUUCGACACCUUCAAGGAACCUGAGGUCAAGACCAACCAGGUAGUCGUUAUCGUUGGCUUGGCCCUCUUCUCUUGGGCACUCAUGCAGUUUCCUCUGGUGCUCACCCAGACAAAUCCCCCAAAGGGCCAGUCCUCGCCUUCUCAGGAAAGCAUUGCCGGCGAAGUCUGUUGCCCUGGAGCUCCUGCCUCGUUCGCCUCCUGUUGCUCCAGCGAGGUGUGGAGCUUGCUGUUGACGGUGGGUCUCCAGGACGGCCCGUUCCUCCUGUAUCGACUCUACCUGAUGAUCCAGGAGCAGGUACUCAACCAGCUGAUGAUCUUUUUCACCUGCAAGAACAUCCUCAUCGUCCUCUUGGAGCUUUACAGGAUCUUUGUGGUGCAGUGCCAGCAGCAGGCUGGGGAAUUAGGCUUGGAGCGGUGCACUGCUGCACUGGCACUACAGUUUCAAAGUAAGGAGGGGACUGGGAAGGGGGAGGAAGAGGAGGACGUGGCUGGCAGGGAGUGUUGUGGAGAGCAAAGCUGUUGCACAGAGAUGGAGAGAGAGAGGGACAGGGAGAGCGAAGGAGAUCAGAGAUGUUUCCAGUGUAUUGGCCUGGCUGGGGAUGAGGAGCGGCAGUAG